GGCCGACAUAAAGAUCAUUGCAGCGCCUCAUCUCAUCAACAACACCCACACAACACAUCUACAAUCACAAUGGCUGGCAAGACCUACAAGAUCACUGUCCUCCCCGGCGACGGCAUCGGCCCCGAGAUCAUCGACCAGGCCGUCCGCGUCCUCAACGUCGUGUCCGAGAAGACUGGCCUCAAGCUCGAGCUCACCUCCAAGGACUUUGGCGGCAUCGCCAUUGACAACCACGGCACCCCUCUGCCCGACGACACGCUCAAGGCGUGCCAGGAGGCCGACGCUGUUCUUUUCGGCGCCGUCGGCGGCCCCAAGUGGGGUGUGGGCAAGGUUCGCCCCGAGCAGGGUAUCCUCGGCCUGCGCAAGGCUCUCGGCCUGUACGCCAACAUCCGCCCUUCGAACUUUGCGUCCGAGGGCCUGCUGAAGCACUCGCCCCUCAAGCCCGAGAUCGCCAAGGGCACCGACAUUAUCGUUGUGCGCGAGCUCAUCGGCGGCAUCUACUUUGGCGAGCGCGGCGAGCCCAACGAGGAGGGCGUCGCGUUCGACACGUGCACGUACACGCGUCCCGAGAUUGAGCGCAUCACGCGCGUUGCCGCCCAGAUCGCGCUCGCCGCCAACCCGCCCCUCAAGGUCACGUCGCUCGACAAGGCCAACGUCAUGGCCACGUCGCGUCUCUGGCGCAAGGUCUUCACCGAGGUCAUGGAGAAGGAGUACCCCCAGCUCGAGUUUGAGCACCAGCUCAUCGACUCGGCCGCCAUGAUCAUGGUGUCCAACCCCCGCAAGCUCAACGGUGUCGUCGUCACCGAGAACCUCUUUGGCGACAUUAUUUCCGACGAGUCGUCGGUCAUCCCCGGCUCGCUUGGUCUUCUUCCUUCCGCCUCGCUUGCCGGCCCUCCCGACGCCAACUCGACCGUCUCGGGCAUCUACGAGCCCAUCCACGGCUCGGCCCCCGACAUUGCCGGCAAGGGCAUCGCCAACCCCAUCGGCACUAUUCUGUCCGCCGCCCUCAUGCUCCGUUACUCGCUCGGCCAGGCCAAGGCCGCCGACGCCAUCGAGGCUGCCGUCCGCAAGGUGCUCGACGCGCCCGAGGUCGGCGGCUUCGACUUCCGCACCCGUGACCUCGGCGGCCAGAAGUCGACCACCGAGAUCGGCGACAAGAUUGUCGAGGUCCUCAAGGAGAUUCUUUAAUCUGCCUUGGUUGGCUAGUAGUAAAACCGCCAGCAGCGUCGGCGGCGGCGCAGGCGGCGUGAGAAGAAGCUCAUACAUGCCACGGACGGACGGGCAUAGCAUACGAGUUGUGUAGUAGCGUAAUGCAUCAUUGUCAUAGGCUG